AUGAGCUGGGCGUUAUUUCUACACAUUGUGAAUGCGCUAGAAGUCGAUCCUUACUUCCAACAACGUCCUGAUGCUUGUGGGCGUUUUGGCUUCUCACCAAUCCAGAAGUGCACAGCGGCGAUUCGACAAUUGGCGUACGGUACUGUAGCUGAUUGUUGUGACGAAUAUCUUCGUAUAGGCAAAACGACGGCGUUGGCGUGCUUGAAGAAAUUCUGUAAAGCCGUUGUUCGGAAAUUUAGCGGCGUAUAUUUGAGGAGGCCAACCACUGCCGACGUUCAACGACUCACUGCAAUGCAUAAGGCCAAACAUGUGGCUUGGCAUGACGCUUACACUCGAGGGGAUCAGGGCAAGCCCACGAUUAUAUUAGAGGCUGUAGCUUCACAAGAUUUGUGGAUAUGGAACGCCUUCUUCGGAAUCGCUGGGUCAAAUAAUGACAUCAACAUUCUCAACCAAUCCACGUUAUUCAAUGACGUCCUAUCGGGCAAUGAAGCAGCGGUGCAUUUCCUCGCCAAUAAUUCCCACCACACCAGAGGCUACUACUUAACUGACGGCAUAUAUCCGGACUGGUCGGUAUUCGUCAAAAGCUUCGCAUUUCCGAGCGACGAGAAGAAGCGAAGGUUCAAAGUGAUGCAAGAAGCUGCAAGGAAGGAUGUGGAACGAGCUUUUGGCAUUCUUCAAGCUCGUUGGGGUAUAAUUAGAGGCUCGUCUCGUCUAUGGAAGUAG